AUGGCGACGACGAUGGAAAACUCUUCCAGCAACAACGAUACGAUCGUGGCGAUCGCGACGCCGAUUGUUCCUCAGUUAGGCGGGGUUUCUAUCGUUCGAAUCAGCGGAGAGAACGCGAGGGAGAUUGCGAAUGAGAUUUUUAAACCAACCGGGAAAAGAAAAGAUUGUUUUCAGUCGCACGUGGUCCUUCACGGGACGAUUGUGAACAACAACGACGGAGAAGUUAUCGACGAAGUUCUCCUUUUACCAAUGCUGAAACCUCGAUCGUACACCGCGGAAGACGUGGUUGAAAUACACACGCACGGCGGGUCCGUGUGCGCCGCGAGAGUGUUAGACGCGUGCUUACGCACGAACGCGUGUCGAUUGGCGAGGAACGGCGAGUUUACCAUGCGAGCGUUUUUGAACGGGAGGUUGGAUUUGUCGCAAGCGGAAGCGGUGCAUUCGUUGAUUCGAGCGGAGACGGAUGAGGCAGCGGUGCAAGCGCUGAAGACGUUGAGAGGUGGUUUGUCCAACGACGUCAAAGAGGCGAGAAGGAGGAUGAUUGAUGUUUUGGCAGAGUUGGAAGCGCGGUUGGACUUUGACGACGAGAUGGUACCUCUGGACGUCGAUAAGAUUGCGAAAGAAGUGGACGAGGCGAAAGAAGUGGCGUUGAGCGCGUUGAAAACGUCGCAGAAGAACGCGAGUUUGUCGGUUGGGUGCACGCUGGCGAUUGUCGGACGUCCAAACGCGGGAAAAUCGAGAUUGUUGAAUCGAUGGACGAAGAGCGAACGAUCGAUAGUCACCGACGUGGAAGGGACGACGAGAGAUGUGGUCGAGGCGGCGGUAAAUGUGAGUGGCGUGAAGGUCACUCUGUUAGAUACGGCUGGCAUAAGAGGUGGAAGUAGUAGGAGUAGUAGUAAUAGUAGUAAUAGUAACGGUAGUAGCGGUAGUGAUGAUAGUAACAAAGAAGAGGAAACCGAAAUAAUAGAUAAAGUGGAAGCGGUCGGAAUCGAGCGUUCGAAAAUAGCCGCGCGAGGAGCAGAUUUGUGCGCGUUCGUUUUAGACGCCAGUCGAGGGUGGGAACGCGCCGACGAGACCGUUUGGAGAGAAGCUUUAGACGUGGCGAAAAACGUGAUUUUUGUGGCAAAUAAAAUGGACGAUAUCACGGAGAACGCAUCUCUGAUUGAAGAAAUGAAAAGUGACCCGAGCGGGAAGAUGAAACCGUUCUUGACGAAUCAAUUGCGCGUGCCCGAAUACGUGUUGGACAAGUGCAAUUUAAACAACGUCGUCUUCUUAUCUGCCAAAGAAGGGUUUGGUAUCGAAGAUUUAGAGUCAAAAGUGUCCAACGCUUUCGAAUCUGGUCUUUCCAGCGUCGAAGGCGACGCUUAUUUUGUCUCCUCUCGGCAAAGCGAAGCGUUGAAACACGCCGUAGAAGCCAUGGAACGCGUGAAAGAAUCCGCGCUGAACGAUUUACCCGUAGACUUUUGGACGAUUGAUUUACGAGAAGCCGCGGUGGCGUUGGGGGAAGUUACCGGCGAAGACGUUUCGGAGGAUAUUUUAGGGACCAUAUUCGAGCGAUUUUGUAUUGGCAAAUAA